AGGCGGGUCUGAGGCUCGGUGUGGGCGCCAUCCGCAUUGACUCUGUCUCGGGGCCGGGAUAGGGACCGCAGGGCCUGGGCCCCUGCUUCGCCCACAAACUCUGCUGCAGGGGCCGCGCUGAUGGAUCCGAUUCAGGGCUCUGUGACCUUUGAGGACGUGGCUGUAUACUUUUCCCAGGAGGAAUGGAGGCUUCUUGAUGAGGCCCAGAGAUUCCUGUACCACGAUGUCAUGCUGGAGAACUUUGCACUUGCUGCGUCAUUGGGACUUUCAUCUUCUAGGUACCAUGUUGUCCAGCUGGAGCUGAGAGGAGAACCCUGGGUACAUGACAGAGUGGACAUGACUCCAGACAGAGCAAGAGGGGCUCAAAUAUGGCCUGGCCCUGGGUGUUGGUAUAUAGCAGAGAACAAGCAGACACCUUCUGAGCAGAAUGUUUCUGUAGAAGUGCCACAAAUAAAUACUUCAGAGGCAGACCUGUCCACCCUGAAGUCCUAUCCCUGGCAGACGUGCUGCCUGUCCUUAGAAGGUGGUUUGUAUCUAGCUGAGGACCUUGGCACAAACCCUGGCCAGAAACUCUGUGGGGCAGGUGUGCAGUUUCACCAGCACACUGGAGAGGAACUCUUUAGAAGAGACGUGGGUAAGACCUUUAUGAAGAGCCACACCGUCCAUGCAUCCAAGAAGUCUUUCACAUUCCAGGAGUCUGGGAAGGAUUUCCCUUGUAGCUCUGGCCUUCUCCAGCACCAGGUCACUCCACAAAAGGACACCGAGUUUGUAGAGGCCUUUCACAAUGGAGAAAAGCGUUACAAGUGCAGUGAAUGUGGGAAAGCCUUCUGCCGUAAAUACAGGCUUGCUCAGCACCAGAGAGUCCACACUGGGGAAAGACCUUAUGAAUGCAGUGAAUGUGGGAAAGUCUUUAGAUGCAACUCCAACCUUGUUAUACAUAGAAGAAUUCACACUGGGGAAAGGCCUUAUGAGUGUAGAGAAUGUGGGAAGUUCUUUAGACAAAACGCCCAACUUAUUGUGCACCAGAGAAUUCACACUGGAGCCAAGCCUUACGAGUGCAGUGAAUGUGGGAAAACCUUCAUUACUAAAAGCAAACUUAUUCAGCACCAGAGAGUCCACACUGGAGAGAGACCUUAUGAAUGUGGAGAAUGCAGAAAAGCCUUCACCUAUAAACGCAUGCUUGUUCAGCAUCAGAGAGUCCACACUGGAGAGAGGCCUUAUGAGUGCAGUGAAUGUGGGAAAGUCUUUAGGUACAUCGCCAGCCUCAUUAAACAUAGAAGAAUUCACACUGGGGAAAGGCCUUAUGAGUGUAGUGAAUGUGGGAAGUCCUUUAGGCAAAGGGCCCACCUUCAGGUCCACCAGAGAAUUCACACUGGAGCAAAGACUUACAAGUGCAGUGAAUGUGGGAAAUGUUUUAGCCAAAACUCUAUUCUCACUACGCACCAGAGAGUUCACACUGGCGAAAGGCCUUAUAAGUGCAGUGAAUGUGGAAAGUGUUUUAGCCAAAGCUCUACUCUUAUUAAGCACAGAGUUCACAUUGGAGAAAAACCAUAUGAGGAGAAUUCUGAAUGAGGAGAAUUCUUUGGCCAAAGCAUCCAGCUUACUCAACACCGAAAAGCUCACACCCCAGAAUGGCCUCAUCAGUGCAGCAGAUGUGGAAAAGUUUUCUGUCAAAGGUCUGCUCUGAGCACUAGAAACUUCACAGCUCAGAUAGACCCUAUGAGUACAGCAAAUGUAGGAAAGCUUUCAGCCAAAGGUCUUACCUUAUUUGAUACCAGAAAGUUCAUCUAGAGAAGGGCCUUCAAAUGAGAUGAGAGCAGUGAAUGAGUUGUCUCCUUAGUUAAUACAUCAUAAUGAAUAGACUCUCUGAGGAAGUCAUCAACUGGAAGUUGAAUGCCAUACAUCUGAACAGCCCUCGUGUGCAGAUUGCCUAUGAGUACUGGCUUCAUAGGAAGCUUUUCAGGAGCUAUACUCUACUUUCUAACCUGUGCAAGCCCCUUGCUGGACUCAAUAUCACUGUAAGUUUUUUACCUCUCCCAAGUGGCAGAUCCCAGUACUGGGCAUCAGUCAUCGCAUUGUGAUCAGGGUAGGUAGACCUUUGUGCUGUCCUGUUCUCUGGAGGGAAGCAUGAAUAGCCUGAGCACUUGGGUGUUGUCAUGCUCUUCUGUCAAGGACAGGACCUAAGCAGCUUUGACCACUGUGACCCAAUGUGGGUUCCCUUGGCAGCUUACAGUUUACUUUCCUUGGUGGUAUUGUCUCAUGUCAUGCUCACGAUGGAUGUUUCUAGCUCCAGAUCACCCUGUUUGGGAACUAUCUGCCUCCAUUUGCUCUACUCUGUGAAAAAAUAAAGACUAUAGUUUAAACCACGUCUUUUGUGGGUGUUCCAAUCUUUGUAUUCUUCAAUAAGGAUAGUAUCAUGGCGGAGAAUGGUUUUCACUCCAGUUUUGAUCUAAUUUGAAUUGUUGUCCAAAGCCUCCUGGGGUAGACUACAGGGCUCUGGGACUAAUGUGACCUGGAUGUUAGAAUUUUUGGUGGGUCCCGAGGUCACCCUGAGAUGAGGACAGUUUUAUGAACCACCAGUGUUUUUUGGAGCUGCAUAAGUUCUGUUUUUUCACAUGGGAUGUCAGAUCAUGACCCCAGUACUGUUCAAGAGAAGAAGUUCUCUAGGUCCAGCUGGAAAAGAGCCAUGUGCCAUAAUGUCCAUAAUAUGGUAGGCUGGUUUUGCUGAGCGUUAGAUUACAGACAUCAGAUGGGAACCAUAUUUGGUACAGAAACAGGAAUUAAUAGGGAGUGAGUGACUAGCAAACAAAAAGAGAUGAACCUAUUCUAAAAUUACAUCCAUGAAUGUUCCCUUGACUGUGGCUGUUUAAGAUAAUGUUUCUGCAAAAAUUCUCAGGAGAUACAGAGCGGUUUCUCUCCUGAGGUCCCAGUCAGUGUCAGGCUAAAUAAUGUAAAGGUUUUGAGAUCCCGUAGCAUCUUCAGAUUGUUUAUCUCAAGGCCACUGGUGCAUAGCAAAGAUAAUGGGUAAUAAAAGUGGAAAUCGUGUAGUCCAGGCAUGUGGUUUUUAGGAUGCAGGCAGUUCCUGGAUAACUCACGUGGAAACACCUUUCAUUGCUCACCAGUCUUCACUGCUACCACAACAGAAUCCCUCCCAUUAGACAAGGAGAUGUGAUGGGGUUAACAUGUGGUUGCCAGAGUUCUACUGAAAAGGAGAUUCAGAAAAGAUUCAGAUUUUUUUAUGUGAAUCCAAUUUUUAUUAAAUUUAAUUGAGCUGUAUAGUUGGUAUGCGCUGAACUGAACAUACCUAAAAUGUACAGCUUGGUUAAGUUUUAAUAUGUGUAAACCCACAGAACCAUCAUAAUUACAAACAUCCAUCACUCCCAUAUCCACCUUCUGACAUCUCUCCCAGGACUCCCAGGCAACUAGUAUUGAUUUACUUUUUUCCCAUUCAAUUAGUGUUUUCUACACUUAAUAUCAUUGGGGUCUUAAUGUUUACUUUUAUAUUUGUCUCUUUUUCAUGAUGCAUAAUUAUUUUGAGAAUCAUUUAAGUUGCUGAUAAGUAUAAUUCAUUUUUUUUCCUGAAAAAUAUACUGUUUGGAUAUACCACCCACUGACUGUUUAUCCAUACAUCUGUUAAAGGAUGGGUUUUUGUGGUUUGUAUCCUUUUUGUCUAUGACAGAUAAGUUUAAUAAAUUAUAUGUAUGUAUGGUUUCAUAUUCAAAAUUCAAUGACUAUACCCUUUUGUGUGCCAUUCACAGUAUGGGAGCAUUCCGGUUUUCCUGUAUUCCUCUCUAGUACUUGGUUGAUAUGGCUAGUGUUUCAGUAUUACCUGUUUAAAUGUGUAGAGGUGUCUCACUAUGGUCUGAUUGCAUUUCCCUAAUGAUUCAUGAUGUUGAACAUUUUUGUGUUUAUUUGCCAGGUGUAUGUCUUCUUUGAUAAAAUGUCUGUCUUUUAUUAGUAACUGAGAAGGCAAAAACCUGUUGGAGCUUGACUUUUCUUCAAUGACUUCGCUGGGUGGAAUAAAUGUGCUCACAUCGUUAUUCAUCACGUAUGGUCCUCAUUAUUAACAUAGUCUCCGUUACUUUAAGUCUAGACACGUAUAAAACAACUAACCAAACCUUGAUUGUUGUGUUUGCCAAUUUCCCUGGUAUGAAUACUCCAACUGUGGGCAAUUCCAAACAGUGAAUAUGAAGUUUUUACUGCACCAGCGGCGCAAGAAUCCAAACACUGAGAUGCCAAUGUUUGCAGGGGAGAAGGCAGCCAAGCCGGGAGCUAGAAGAAGUCUCAGAUCCACCUUCCCGGAGGCGAUGUGCUUGAAAUAUUUAAGGUUUCGGAAACAUCUGAAAUAUUAUGGCUGUCUCUCUGGGACCAGCGAAGACUACAUUCCAUGGAAAUCUGGGCGGGGAACUUCGCAACGCUGUGAAGGCCAGAGGUCAGGGAGCCAGGAAGGCGCCGUGCCCGCUUCUCUGAGCUUCGUCUGAGGCUCGGCGUGGGCGCUAUCCGGCCUGACUCUGUCGGGCGGUUGGUGCCGCAGUGCCCGGGCCCCACCUUCACCCACAAACUCCGCUGGCGCCGGCGCAGAUGUGUCUGAUUCAGGUCUUAGUUGCAGCACACAGGAUCUUUCGUUGAAGCACAUGGGCUCAGUUGCCCCACCACAGUAUGUGGGAUCCAACCUGCAUCCCCUGCAUUGGAAGGCAGAUUUUUAAUCACUGGACCACCAGGGAAGUUCCUGAAUAAUACUUAUUUUAGUGGAAAAUCAUAAAUGAUUAAGCUAUCUUGUUAAAAUACUUGUUUUAAGGGUGAUAAAAUGAAUCAUUGUAAGUGUAAAAAGUGAUAAUGCUUUGUCAUUAUCACUUUUUGUCAUUGUAAGUGACAUUGUAAGUGUAAAAAGUGAUAAUGCAAGAUGUUAAGAACUCAAUAAGGUAUUUCUGUGUUUCUACAAUGCAGAUGGACUAGAGGUAAGUCCUAUAGCUUGUUGCAGUUCUCUUAAGUUUAAAGAGUCAGCAAUGAUGCCCAGUUAUCCCCAACUGCUGGAGGCCAAGCACUUUGAUUCUGGCAAGAACCCCUUUUCCAGAGAGUCAUAUUCAGUGUGAAUUCAGUAAAUUGUGGUUCAUGAUCUCUACCCCUGGAGAAGAAAUCUAGUAGGAAAUUACAGAUAGUCUCUCUGAACAGGUAUGGGGGAAAAAAAUGGAUAUAUCAAAGAAUAUGGUGGAUAAGUAUAAAAAGUAUAUAUUCUUGAAUCCUAUUAUGUAAUGUUAGCAUAAUUCCAAAUCAGAAUUUAAUCUAUGGAUUAUGUAAGGUGGAGAUUUUUAUAAAGUAAUAAUUUUUAAUAUAACCAAAGUAAAGUUUGAAAAGAACCAUUUCCUCUCCAACACAAUCCCUUAUUCUUCUGGCUCAAUGGGCUCCAGUCACACUAGCCUUGUGGAUGCUGCUCAUACACACCAGACAUGACUCUGAUAGAGAGGCUUUGCACUUUUUUGUCCCACUUCUGGACAGCCUUUUCUCAAGGUAUCCACAUGACCUUAUGGCACAACUCUAUAACAUUUUCUGUCCUCUUUUACAUGCUUUAUUUUUCUCUUGAGUAUUUGUCUUUGCCUGAAAUAUUAAAUGGUUUGCUCAGCAGAACCAUUUAUGGCCCCUGCACUGGUGUCAGGUGUCUUUGUGGACUUGGUGUCUGUAGACCCUAGGUUUUAUGGACAGAUUCCCAUUUUUGGCAGCCAGCGGACUGAGACAUGAAAGGUUGUCUUAGUAAUGGGGCUAGUAUAUACAAAUGCUUGAGGAUGUGAUUGUGAUGGGAGUGCUCUAGGACAUGUAGGUCUGUUAACAACUGAUAAGGACAGAGAGCAAGGGGGGCAGAAUUAGAAUGGUAGCACGAGGUUUCUGUUCUGAGAAUGAUGGUAGACAUGUAAUGUAUGAGGAGGUUCAGUGAGGAAAGUGUGUGAAGUAAUUGCCCCAGGCCCUAGUACUAGAAGUAUAAGAGAGAAGGAUGGGGCUAAGUUUGCUUGUAUCUGGGAGACAUGAUAGUGGGUACACUCAGGCUGUUGUCUUGGAGGAAAGGGAAAGGGCCCUGCAUACCAGGCUCACAGAUUACAUGGUAUCUCUCUGUCCACCUGCCUGUUGUUGCUCAGGGUUGUACAUACUGAUCAAGGAAGCAUGAAGAGUUAUUGGGCCCACUGCCCUCUAAGUCACAGAGCUGGGGUGGAUGAUGAACCCAGAGUAUGGGCUGGGUUUAGAAGUACUUAUGGGGUCCUGGGGAGAGAGGCUGCUUAUGUACAAAUCUGUCCCAUCAUCACAGGGCCCUGUGACCUUUGAGGACGUGGCUGGGUACUUUUCCCAGGAGGAAUGGAAGCUUCUUGAUGAGGCCCAGAGAUUCCUGUGCCGUGAUGUGAUCCUGGAGCCCUUUGCACUUGUUGCAUCAUUGGUUUGUUGGCAUGGAGCAGAGCACAAGGAGAUAAUUUCUGAGCAGAAUGUUUCUGUAGAAGUGCCAUGAAUAAAUACUUCAGAGACCUGUCCAUCCAAAGUCCUGUCCCUGGAAGAUGUGUAGCCUGGCCUUAAACAGUAAGUUUGCCUCUAGGUGAAGACCUGGGAACAAUUCCUGGCCAGAAACUGUGUGUGUCAGGUGUGAAAUUUCACCAGCACAGUGGAGGGAAACUCUUUAGAAGAGACAGGGGUAAGGCCUUUAUGAGGAGCCACAUAGUCCAUGCAUCCAAGAACUCCUUCACAUGCCAGGAGGCUGGGAUGGAUUUCCCUGGUAGCUCUAGCCUUCUCCAGCACCAGGUCACUCCACAAAAGGAUGCUGACUGCACAGCAGUGUUUCACAAUGGUAAAAGUCUCUAUAAGUGCUAUGAGUGUGGGAAAGCCUACCCCUGGAUGUAUAGGCUUGCAGAGCAUGAGAGAGUCCACACAGGAGAGAGGCCUGAAGAAGACAGUCACACUGGAGGAAAAAAACGCAUGCACUAAAUAUGGAGAAUUCUUCAGCCAAAACACCCAGCUUACUGAACACCAAACAGGUCACGCCACAGAAAAAGACCAUGAGUGCAGCAAAUGUAAGAAAGCUUUCAGCCAAAGGUCUAUAAAACCUCAUCUAUCACCAGAGUUCAUACUGGAGAAAGGCCUUGAGAUGAGAUGAGGAGAGUAGCACAUGAGCUGUCUCCUUAGUUAAUACAUCAUACUGAAUAGGCUUUGUGAGGGACUCAUCAACGGAAGUUGAAUGCCAUACAACUGAACAACCCUAGUGUGCAGAUUGCCCGUGAGUACGAGGUUUGUAGGAAGCUUUUCAGGAGCUAUGCUCUACUUUCUGACUUACUGUCACUGUGAGUUUCUUACCUUUUCCAAGUGGCAGAUCCCCAUACUGGGACUCAGUCAUCUAAGUGUGAUCAGGGUAGGUAGCCUUUUGUGCUCUCGUAUCCCCUGUAGAAAAGCAUGGAUUCCCUGAGCACGUGGGUUUUGUCAUUCUCUUCCAUCAACUGGCUAGGACAGGACACAGGAACAGGUUUUGUGGGUGUUCCAAACUUAGUAUACCUCACUGGGGGUAGUAUCAUGGCAGAGAAUAGUUUUCACUCCAGUUCUGGCCCAUUUUUGCAUCGUUGUCCAAGGCCUUCUGGGGUAGAGUGCAGGGCUCUCUGUGGGACUAAAACAGGGAAUUACAGGGAGAGACUACCAAAGAAGAAGGAAUAAAAUAUAAAAUUGCAUUCAUGUAUUUUCCCACCACUGUGGCUGUUUUGCAUAAAGGUUUUUGCAGAAACCUCCUGAACCUCAGUCAGUGUCAGACUGAGUAACAUAAAGGUUUUAGGAUUCCCUCAGCAUCUGCAAAUAGUUUAUCUCAAGGCCAUUUGAUGCACAGUGAAAACAAUGGGGAAUGAGUGUGGAAAUCGUGUAGUACAGGCAUGUGAUUUUUAGGACCCAGGCAGAGUUCUUGGAUAACUUAAGUGGAAACACUUUUCAGGGAUUCCCCUGGUGGCACAGUGGUUAAGAAUCCACCUGCUGCAGGGGACAGGGGUUCAAGCCCUGGCCUGGGAAGAUCCCACAUGCCUCAUAGCAACUAGGCCUGUGUGCCACAACUUCCAGAGCCUGUGCUCUGCAACGAGAGGCCACUGCAAUGAGAAUCCCCCACACCACAACAAAGAGUAGCCUCUGCUCACCACAGCUAGAGAAAGCCCAGGCACAGCAACAACGGCCCAACACAACAAAAAAUAAAAUAAAAAAAACCUUUCAUUGCUCACCAGUCUUCAUCGCUACUACUACAGAAUCCCUCCCAUGAGACAAGGAGUCAAGGACGGGGUUGUGGUUUGCCAGAGUUCUACUGAAAAGGAGAUUCAGAGUAAGAUUCCAGGGGGAUCCUUGGCUCCUGCAAGGCACAUGGCACACACACACACCCCAAAUUCAGAUUUUUAUGUGGAGCCAAAAUUUAAUUGAGCUGUAUAUGGGCAUGUAUUGAAUUUGAACAUACCUCAUAAAAUGUGCAGCUUGAUUAAAUUUUGAUACAUAUACCCCCAAACAUCCACCAUCACUGCCACACCCACCUUUGAACACCCCCUCACAACUCCCAGGCAACUACUAUUGAUUUCCUUUUUUCCCAUUCAGUUAGUGUUUUCUAGACUUUUAAUAUCAUUGCGGUCUUUAUGUUUCAUAUUCUAAUUUUUUUUUUUUUUUGCCACAUCACACACCAUGGGGCAUCUACCCCAACCAGGGAUUGAACCUGUGGCCCCUGCAGUGGAAGUACAGUCUUACACCCCUGGACCAGGGAAACCCCUGGUUUCAUAUUUCAAAACGAAUGAAUAGGGUUGUAUCCUUUUUGCAUUGGGAAUCUUCCAUCCCCUGUGUUCUGCACAAGUAGUGGGUUGGUAUGGUUACUGUUUUGAAUAUUACUUUUUUUGCGGUACACAGGCCUCUCACUGUUGUGGCCUCUCCCGUUGCAGAGCACAGGCUCUGGACGUGCAGGCUCAGCUGCCAUGGCUCACGGGCCCAGCCACUCUGCAGCAUGUGGGAUCUUCCUGGACCGGGGCACAAACCCAUGUCCCCGCAUCGGCAGACAGACUCUCAACCAUUGCAUCACUAGAGAAGCCCCUGAAUAUUAGCUGUUUUAAAAGUGUGGAUACAUACCUCACUGUGGUCUGAUGCAUUUCCCUAGUGAUUCAUGAUGUUGAACAUUCCUGUGUUCUCUGCCAGGUGUAUUGUCUUCUUUGAUUAAAAUGUCUUUUUAUUAGUAACUGUGGAGAGAAUAAAAAGAAAUGUGUUGCAA